ACAAGUGAGAGGAGAGUCUAGUAGUAGGUUAACACACUUGUUCCUGUGUUAAUCCUCUAACCAGUUUCGACUAUCUCUCCACUCCAUCCUUCUCUUUCAAAAAAAAAAAAAAAUUAGGGUUUUUUGGUCCUUGCUCGAUUCCACGAUCUCUAAAGCAUUCUCUCUGGAUUCUCGUCUCUGAUCAAUCCUCUUUUAUUCUAAACCUAAUCAGAGAAAAACCAUGUCGAUAGUUGAAACUCUGUCUCUGGAACCAAACCCCAAAAGACAGAAGAUCGAACCGAUGUUCAACGACUCCUUGUCUUGUGUUCACUCGUUCGCUCGUCACGGUGUCUGCACCGCCUGCAAUUCAAUGAUUGAAAAGCGCCACUUCAGAUCAUUCCACUAUUACUCCGAUGGUCUCCAGAUAAGCCACGACGCCUUGGCCUUAACAAAACGUGUCACAACCAAGUUUUCUUGUAUGAGCGACAAGAAACUUCACCUAGUCCUUGACCUAGACCAUACCCUUGUCCACACCACAAUCGUUACAUCUCUCACGGAAACAGAGAAGUAUCUAAUCCAAGAAGCGGGUUCAAGGCACGAUCUCUGGCUCUUGAAAUCCGACGAUGAUCCCGUCGAGCACUUUAUAAAGCUACGUCCUUUUGUUCUUGAUUUCUUGAAAGAAGCGCACAAGAUAUUCAACAUGUAUGUUUACACAAUGGGUAACCGCUGUUACGCUGAAUCCGUCUUGGAGCUUAUUGAUCCGAGGCGAAUCUAUUUCGGUAAAAGAGUGAUAACGAGAGAGGAGAGUCCUUACAUGAAGACGCUUGAUUUGGUUUUGGCUGAUGAGCGUGGUGUGGUGAUUGUGGAUGAUACACGUGAUGUAUGGCCUGAUCACAAGAGCAACUUGAUUGAGAUUAGCAGGUACAACUAUUUUAGGAUGAGUAAUAAGCAAUGUUCAAGGGCAUACUCUGAGGAGAGGAUAGAUGAAAGUGAAUGCAAUGGUGGGUUGGUUAAUGUUUUGAGGUUAUUAAAGGAAGUUCACUGUGGAUUCUUUAGUGUCAAAGAGGAGUUGGAGUCCAAAGACGUGAGGUUGCUGCUACAAGAGAUUGAAUUUAGUCGUGGUUUACUACACGAAUAAUCUUUUGUUCUUUAGAAACUUCAUUUUUAAGCACUGUAAGUUACAAUUUGUAACUCUUUGAUCUCGUUCAUAUGUAAGAACUUUGGAAAGUUAUAUUUUGAAUAGAAAACUUUAAUGCAUAUUCCAUACAAAUGUAAGUAUUUUACGAUAAUUGGAAGACUAAUAAUAGCUUAG